GAAUGUUAGCAGGUGCAAAAAUAACAAAAACAAGGGAUAUAUGACGGAAGAUCAGGGAAGUUUUGUUGACAUACUCUAGGAUGAGCGCAAACUACCGCCAGUUCAAUUGAUUUCUAGGUAUUGGGAAUUGAUUGAAGCUCGCCCUCGUUUCCCUUGCGCGUUCACGGUUUUUUUUAUCUAACCACACUGAGCAGCAUCUUACUGCUGCAGUGUGCUUUUAGGCUCAACUUUCACAUUUUCUUCAUCUUUCUCAGGACCAGUCCAAGGAAAGUCAUUCUUUCUUCCAGAUAUCAGUCAUGAAGAGGAAGCUAUACGCGUUUGAAUAUCUAUGUAUUUGUCUUUGGUUGGGGAUAUUUUGGCAAGCAAGAUCAGCAGUGGCCAACUCCCAGGAAGAGGAAGCCAAAAAUAACAUCACCAUCUUUACAAGAAUUCUUGACAGGCUUCUGGACGGCUAUGAUAAUCGACUUAGACCUGGAUUAGGAGACAGAGUAACAGAAGUGAAGACUGACAUCUAUGUUACCAGUUUUGGACCUGUUUCUGAUACAGAUAUGGAAUACACAAUAGAUGUUUUCUUCCGACAAAGCUGGAAAGACGAGAGAUUAAAAUUUAAAGGACCAAUGAACAUCCUCCGGUUAAACAACCUGAUGGCCAGCAAAAUCUGGACUCCUGACACAUUCUUUCAUAAUGGGAAGAAAUCUGUGGCACACAACAUGACAAUGCCAAAUAAACUGCUAAGAAUCCAAGAUGAUGGAACAUUGCUGUAUACGAUGAGACUGACUGUUCAGGCCGAAUGCCCAAUGCAUCUUGAAGAUUUUCCAAUGGAUGCCCAUGCUUGUCCUUUGAAGUUUGGAAGCUAUGCCUACACUACAUCAGAAGUCACAUAUAUUUGGACACUCAAUGCCACUGAAUCAGUUGUGGUUGCAGAAGAUGGUUCCAGAUUGAAUCAGUAUGAUUUGCUCGGGCAAACCGUUGGACAAGAAACUAUUAAAUCCAGCACAGGUGAAUAUACAGUCAUGACAGCACAUUUUCACUUGAAAAGGAAGAUUGGCUACUUUGUGAUUCAGACUUAUUUGCCAUGUAUUAUGACAGUCAUUCUGUCCCAAGUGUCGUUUUGGCUGAACAGAGAAUCUGUCCCUGCCAGGACUGUGUUUGGAGUAACAACUGUGCUGACGAUGACAACUCUGAGUAUCAGCGCUCGCAAUUCCCUGCCUAAAGUGGCUUACGCAACAGCCAUGGACUGGUUCAUAGCUGUGUGUUAUGCCUUUGUCUUCUCUGCGUUGAUAGAAUUUGCCACAGUGAAUUACUUUACAAAGCGUGGAUGGGCCUGGGAUGGUAAAAGUGUAGUGAACGAUAAGAAAAAAGAAAAAGCCUCCAUCAUUAAGAAAAACAAUGCAUAUGCAGUAGCUGUCGCUAACUAUGCACCAAAUAUCACCAAGGACUCUGUACUGCCCACCAUUUCAAAAAGUGCCACAGCAGAUCCGAACAAGGCAAAGCCAGAAGCAAAACCACAGGAAGCCAAGAAGACAUUCAACAGUGUAAGCAAAAUCGAUAGAAUGUCCAGAAUAUUAUUCCCGGUUUUAUUUGGAUCCUUUAACUUGGUAUAUUGGGCCACAUAUUUAAACAGAGAACCAGCCAUAAAAGAUCUUGUACCGUCAAAGUAGAUGGUCAGAUCUUGCUGUAUAACAUUCUAAAUAUCGGACUAAGGAUAUGCCAAAUAAAACAAAUAACUGCUAAUCUAUGUGCUAACAUAGGAUAGCCAGACACUAAAACAAAAAAUACCUUGUUUACUA